ACGCGCAUGCGUAUUCAUGUGGCGGAAACAACAUCCUUGUUACUGAGGUAAAAUGUUUGUCCACUUAGCCUGUCAUAAUGGGGGCUUUGUUGUUUGUAAAAAUAUAGUUUAAGACAUUCGUUCUUGGCAGCUAUGUUAGUUGAUAUGCUAUGAAGCUAACACGGAAACAGGUUCUUGCGAAGGCUAAGGCCUCCGACUUAGAAAGCGUGAAGAAACUGAACUGCUGGGGAUGCAACCUGACUGAUAUUUCUAUCUUCUCCCAAAUGGCCAACAUUGAAGUGCUGACACUUAGUGUCAACAGCAUCUCGUCUCUCUCUUCUCUGGCUGUCUGUCUGUCUCUGAGCGAGCUCUACCUGAGGAGGAACAAGAUCCCCUCGCUCUCUGAGCUCUCAUAUCUGCGUCCAUUGACGCGUCUCAGGGUUCUCUGGCUGGCUGAGAAUCCGUGUUGUGGAACUGACUCCAACCAGUAUCGCCUCACCGUACUGCGCUGCCUGCCUCGCCUCCAGAAGCUCGACAACCAAGUAGUGACAGAGGAUGAGCUUGCUCUUGCUCUCAUGGAGGGCAAAGAGGUAACCACCCCCCCAGGCAGCAUCCAAAACCAGCUGUCCACCAACGGACUGGCAGAUGCAGAGACAGAGAAUGAUCCUCUUAACUACAACAUGGAGGAGACCAACAAAAUCAGAGAAGAGUUGGGCAUGAAACUCCUCUCCAGAGACAAGUUUCCCUCUCUUUCUUCACCAGCAACUAGAGAAAACAAAGCAUCAUUAAAGAAGACGCACACUGUUGACGCCAUUUUGCUGCUGCUGAAGGACUUGGAUGAAGAGGAGCUUCACAUCGUACACACAGCCACGCAAAACCGACUGCAGACUUACAUUCUGCACUCAGAAAUGUUGACGGAUUCAUUGCAGACACAGAAAACUGUUGACGUCCAACACUGA